UCCCACUGGCCCAGCUUUAGCCGCACACGCAGGGGCCAACUUUAGCCGCACACGCAGGCAGGGUCCUUCUCUUGCUUAUCUCGAUUUGUGCUCUUCGAUCGCGCAGGCCCCUUCUCUUGCUCCGUCUGGACUCGCCCUCUUCGGUCACGCAGGCUGACCUCAAGGUCUCCAUCCCUUUGUCUUCCUCGCAGCGUGGGUUAUGGAAUCCCAAUUGGCGCCGCCAACCUCUAUCCUCCUCUCCCAUGGCCCUAUAAAUGCAUCUUAUUCAAUUGGCAGAGGAUUUUCGCCACCUGCACUCACUUUCCCGGGCUGAGCGGAUUGCAAACAAUCUUCUGCAAGCAUUGUACAUUUUCAAAGGUAUGUCAUUUUAACUUCAAAUUUUGCUACCUUUACUUGCAAUUACUUUUAUUACAUGGCAUGAGAAUUUGAAUACAUGAUAGAUGAUUGGAAUACAUUAUAUUUGAAUUACUAUAUAUAUAUAUAUAUUAUUCAUAGAGGCCACUUUUAUGUCUGGGUAGGCGUGGGCCAGCGUUUGUGGGCCACAUUUUUUUUGGGGGGGGGGGGGGGGGGGGGUAGGCGGCGCCCAGUGUUUGUUGUCUGGAUUUUUUUUGUCUGGGGAAAUAGUGGCCAUUGAUUGUUUAAUAAAAUUGAGGGUACUGCAAGUAUCCGGAAAUUGCUCUCAAUUGGUAUGCCGUAUGCAUUGCUUUUAUUAUUACAAAAUAAUAACUAACUUACGAAGUGUUAUCAAUUAUUCACUAGAUGUGUCAUUUAAAAAACUAUGUUCAUUGUUCGAACUUCGUUUCCAUAUUAAACAAAGCAGCACCUGUUAUUGCAAUGUAGAGAAUAUUGUCUUAUAUGCCCAUCGUCAAGUGGAGAGGAAUGUUUAAAGAUUGAUAGAACAUUGGAGUAUUAUAUUUGAAGCCACAAUUUUUGCUACAUAUGACUACAUGCUUAUUUCACAAAUAUGACUACAUUUGUGGCCUCAGAGAUGUUGUUCUGGGUUGACAUGUUUCUCCGUCAUAAAAACUUUAAUAUAUUUUGAGCGUCUUCUUUCAUUUAGUUUCAAUGGUAGGAAGUAGUAUUUGGGACCCAGAUCGUUUUGGUAAAUUUUAUUUUCAUUGAGGUUAUUUUUAAUUAGUCAGUUCACAACCCAAGCAACUAGCAAUCAACUUCCAACCAUUACGGUUUGAGUAGGAAACCCAAUAAGAAGGUACAGACCGGAAGACGUUGAAAUCUAUAGGAAUGCUUGUGUUAUUCAAAGACUGUGGAUUUAGAGCCUAGCUUUUAUUAAUACAAGCAACAUGAGUAAUUUUGGUAGGAAAAGGGUUAGAAUAUGCAAGUAAGUUCUGACCCAAGUCCCAAUGAUUCUUGGUGCACUUUUUGAUAUCUAUUGUUGUGUUGAGUCUAUAGGUUUCCUCCCUAAGAAGCAUCACUCAAUAACUAUUUUUAUCCAUUCGUAUAUGAAACAAAGUUUGAUUUUUUUAAGAAAAUCUAUAAAUUCAAUACGUAUAAUUUGAACUGCAUAGUAUGCAAGAAGUAUUGGUGAUUCCAGUGUUGGAUUGUUAGUAGAAAUCAGCUAUCUUUUAGUUUGAAAAAUAAAGUGCUGCUUCAAUAUGUAUGACCCCAACACUUUCUCGUUUUACAAACACCCUCUAGCAGUUCACUCAUGGUUAGGGGUCGUGGGAUAAGAUAAAUGAUAAAUUGUUGAGGUAUUCACCUUACUUAAAAGUUAGUUUCGACCCGUCACUCUAGAUCAUAUAAGAGGCUAAGACCUUGAAUAUUAAUAUGCCCCGCAGUCUCUAUAUUCAUGUUAUGCAUAUUAUAAAUUCACUGCCACAGGUUGUCUGCUACCCUAACCCCACACCCAUGCUCACAUAGUUUUUUUUCUCAAACACCCAUGAACAUUUCAGUUUACACAUUUCGUUUUUUCUUUGUAUUUUUUUUUAAAUUACAAUAAAACCUCCUGGUUUGUUAAUAUAAUUAAUAAGUUAUGUUAAAGUGAUUAAAGUGGUACUGUUUAUCAAAAUAUAUUAAGUCUUUUGUUAGAAAAAAAGCUUGCAUCGGUUAAAGCGCUCCUUGUUUUGUAUUGUUUAUUGUUGAAUGCUCAAACAGUGCUAUAGUUUAAGAGGCUAUUCAUAUUGUAUAUAGUCAGAUGAUUUUUCAAACAAAUGCUUUUUCAAGUUUAAAUAAUAGUGAUAAAGAGGGUUUGUACAAUAAGAUUGUUUAAGUGUUACUUUUAACAAUUUAGUAUAAAGGAAAUGUUACUCGAGUGUUAUAUGAUAGUUUAUUACAUAAUGUCUGUGUAUUAUUAUGAUUAAAAAGUUAUGAUAGCUGUUUAUUAAAAAUUACUAUUAAAUAUUUAGAAGUAAGGAAUGACUAUUUAUUUUUUCUAAAUUCUAACCAAUUAAAAUAUUAAUCUACCCCGGUCGUAUUUAAGAAUUUUUCUUUUAACAAUUUAGUAUAAAUGUAGUGUUAGUCGUGUGUUAUAUGAUUGUUUACUCGAUUAUAGGUAUGUAUUAUUAUGAUUAAAAAUUUAUCAUAACAGUUUAUUAAAAAUUAAUAUUAAAUGUUUGGACAUGAGUAUUUCAGUAUGUAUUUGUUCUAAUUUCUAAAAAAUUAAGAUAUUACUCUAUUAGGAGAAGUAUUAGUACUCAAGGUUUUGGCCUCUUAAAUUUAUCAAACAUUUUGAAUUGUUUAAAAGGUAACAAUUUAACAAUCUGUCCUAAACCCCAAACUAAAUCAAAUGGUUUUUGAAGUUUAAAAAAUGUUAAGUAAAACUAAUUUUAAAUAAUACCAACUAUCAUUCAUGAACCAAAUUAGUUAUCGAGUCAAGAGGGGAUGGAGUGCCAGUAUUCACAAACAAAAAGUUUGCAGGUACUGUUAUUAACUUAUAUAUGCAUAAUGUAAUUCCUUCAUGAGGGCAUUGUGGUGGUCUGGUGGAUACUUUCUGUUAAGGCCUGAUUGGUCUCAAUGAAAUACUAAAAAGGGCAGCCCAGUGCAUACUGGCAUCCCUGCAAGGAAAGGGUCCAGGGAAGGGUCCCACCACAAGGGUGCAUAAGGAGCAAGCCUUCCCUUUUCAUUUUAAAAGGAGGCUGCCCCAAGACUUGUUUGGUGACCCUAUUUUUUCGGCUUAUCUGCCAUAUAAGCCAAAUUUUUCACCAAACACGUAACUUUUUAUUUCGCGUUGAAUUAUUGAACAGUCAAAAUAAGUAAGGUUGGAAUUAGUUUUCUGGUUGCAUUGGCGAAGUUACUAUAAAUGUCCAUUUAAGCUAUUUUUCAUAUACUUUUUUCUUUAUUUUGUUAAUAAAAAAUAUUUAAAGUAUAAUUUUUUAAUGAAUCCGCAGAAUCAGCCAAUACAGCCAAUUGAGCUAGAACUUCAUAAAUUUAAUCAGAAUGAUCCGAUUCAGCCACUACUCAUAUUUUUGUAUUUCAUUUUGUUUAUUUAUCUCUAUUAUAUGAAGACUAAUAGUUGUAAACUAUAAAUAACUAAUCAUAUUUUUGUUUUUCAUUGCAUUUGCCAAGGUAAAAUGAAACAUACAUAUCAAUAUAAUAACACAAACAUUGAAAGUGACUUUGAAUGCUACCAACUAUUUGAAUGUAAAACAAAAAUAACAUGAAGGUAUUCUUUGACAAAAACAUUGAUCAUUUAAAACAUCAAAAGCUAAUGACAACCCAUCAAAUAAAUGAUAUUUGGAAAUGUAUACACUUAUUAGAUAUUUUGAUACAAGUUUUUGAUGAGUUAAAUAGUUGAAAUUUUAGUUAAAAAAAUGCUCUAUAUCACUAUUGGUCUAUAUUUAAAUAGUUUGUAUUAUUAAAACUUAUUUUCAAAGUACGUAUUAUUCUUGGUUCACGGAAGAUAGUUUAUAUUAUUUAAAGUUAGUUUUCCGGUUUUCCCUAAUAUUAAUAAAGAGGGUUUGUGCAAUAUGAUUGUUUGAGUUUUUAUUUUUAUCAAUUUAGUAUAAAAGAAAUGUUUGUAGUGUGUUAUAUGAUAGUAUGGUACAUUAUACCUAUGUAUUAUUAUGAUAAAAAAUUUAUCAUAACAAUUUAUUAAAAUUACUAUUAAAUGUUCAGACAUUAGUAUUGACUAUCUAUUUGUUAUAAUUUUACAAAAAAAAAAAAUACUCUACCACAAGCGUAUUAAUAUUGAAGAUCUAAGCCUCUACGAUGAUCUAGAAUGACUGGUCCAAACCAAGUUCAAAGCAAGAUGGGUACCUCAACAAUUAUUCGCAUAACAUUGCAGUUUUUUGUUUCUAAACCAUAACCGUUUUGUUCAUUUCCAUCCCUCCGACCAUUAUAUUAUACCCAGUAGACCCUUUAUAUACCUGCAAAAACAUUGCCACUGAUUGUUUACAGGGAAAAUAAUUUCUGCUAUUGUGCUAAGAUUAUAACAAAAAUGAGCAGUAACUUGCUUCAAAUUUUUAAUGUUUUUCUGCUUCUGCCAUGGUACUGAGGAGAUGGUAAAAAAGGGCGGUAGCCCGCUUCAUACUUGUUCUUAAUUUUUAACCCGAGUAGUACUAAAGUUCUUUUGACCAACUUUUUUGCCUAAAAGUGUGUAAAGCAAGAAUCCCAGGAAGAAUAUCAGAUUCUGUCCUACGUGUAGCUCCAAAUCAUUAUUAUUUUGGAUAAUGACUAGAUAAGUCUAAGCGAGAUCAUUGUGUGGCAUGUAUAAUAGUAAUAAACCGUUCUGGCAUUUAGAAUUAAUUAAAUACUAUAUGGGAAAAAAAAUAUGCAAAUUGAAGUAAGUUCUUGAGAAAAAAAUGAUCUGAAAUUCCAAUACCAAUGUGACAAUUUUACACAUACUUUAUGCAUUUUAUUUUGGUACGCAAUUUGUGUGUAUGUUGACUCAACGGUAUAUCCUAUUUCCCAUUUUAUUAAUUAUGAUAAAUUUAGUCCCACUCACAGAGCCUAUCUAGCGGCCAUCACCUCACGUGAUGAGCCCAAAAAUUUUAAGUCUGCUGUACAGGAUCCUUUAUGGAGAGAGGCUAUGCAAAAGGAAAUCACUGCCUUGGAAGAAAAUAAUACUUGGACUCUAGUUCACUUGCCACAUGGAAAAAGGAUCGUGGACUCCAAAUGGGUUUAUAAAAUUAAAUAUAAACCAAAUGGAGAUGUGGAACGUUACAAAGCUAGAUUGGUGGCAAGGGGUUUUACACAAAUUGAGGGAGUGGAUUUUCAUGAAACAUUUGCACCUGUUGCAAAGCUAGUCACGGUACGAUGCAUGUUGGCGGUUGCGGCCAAGCGAAAUUGGAUUGUGCACCAACUUGACGUUAACAAUGCUUUUCUCCAUGGAGAUCUUUCCGAAGAUGUUUAUAUGCGUAUUCCACAAGGAUUUGCCAAAAGUGGUGACACUCGUGUUUGCAAGUUACAAAAAUCUCUAUAUGGACUACGACAAGCUUCACGCAACUGGUAUCAUAAAUUUACCCAAGCGCUUCAAGACAUUGGUUUUCGCCAGUCCCGAGCAGAUCACUCAUUAUUUAUUUUCCAAAAUGGUCACAUCAAUACUUAUGCCCUUAUUUAUGUUGAUGAUGUACUGUUGGCCGGGGAUGAUAUUUCUCACAUUUCCACUGUCAAGAAUUACUUAGACACAAAAUUCAGUAUAAAAGACUUGGGGAAGCUAAAAUACUUUCUUGGCAUUGAAGUUGCACGAUCUCCUGAUGGUUUUGUCUUAAGUCAAAGAAAGUAUACUCUUGACAUCUUGGAGGAAAGUGGGCUUCUAGCAGGCCGCCCCAGUACAUUUCCCAUGGAGCAAAAUUUAAAAUUGCGACCAGAUGAUGAUAGCCCACCAGUGGAUGCCUCUUCUUAUCGUCGAUUGAUUGGGCGUUUAUUGUACCUCACAGUAACCCGCCCAGACAUUGUUUAUGCUGUUAGUCAGCUCAGCCAAUUUCUCAACAGUCCUCGACAAACUCACCUCAAUGCCGCCAUACGUGUCCUACGUUACUUAAAGCAUACACCAGGACAAGGGAUUUUUUUAUCAUCUACUAAUGACCUGACAUUGAAAGGUUAUUGUGAUGCGGAUUGGGCAGGAUGCCCUUUUACUCGUCGCUCCAGUACUGGUUAUUUCAUUACUAUUGGUGGUUCACCUGUCUCCUGGCGCACAAAGAAACAAUCUGUUGUUUCUCGUUCUUCUGCCGAAGCUGAAUACCGUGCCAUGGCUGUCACUGUUAGUGAAAUAGUGUGGCUACGAUGGUUACUUCAGGACCUCACGGUCAACCACAAUAGCCCCACACCCCUUUAUUGUGACAACCAGGCAGCCCGUCACAUUGCACUUAACCCAGUCUUUCAUGAGCGCACCAAACAUGUGGAAAUGGAUUGUUAUUUUGUCAGAGAAAGGGUCGCUAGAAAUGAAAUUCAACCACUAUUCAUUUCUACUUCCAAUCAAGUGGCAGAUAUAUUUACUAAAGCACUUGGAACGGAUCGUUUUCAGUUUCUUCGAAGCAAGCUGGGUGUUCGCAAUCUUCACACUCCAUCUUGAGGGGGAGUAUUGAGAUAAUUAAAUAUUCUAAAGUGUUCCAUUAUUUCCAUAUGUAUUGUUUUCAUUUAUUUGCACCCUUAGUUUACGUGGGUCACAUGCAUUGCAUGCAUGCUUGUUUCCUCUCUCCUUCGUAUCACAUCUGUAUUUGUAUUAUAUAUAGCAUGAAAAUGCUCCAAGAUAAUUACAUAUGCAUAUAUUGAACUUUCCUUAGGAGGAUUAUUUCUC